ACGGAGAACCAGGAAGCAGCGGGAACUUCCGGUGACGAAGGACGUAAUCGUGUGUUAUUACACCACACAGAGUUUGAGACGCUCAGGUGUCAAAACGGGAUUAUCUGAAUUAACUUGUACAGCAGGUCAGGAUGACAGCAGGAGCCGUGGUGUCGGUGAUCCUGGCCAUCGGAGGCGCCGCACUGUUUUCUGCCGUUCACAAGAUCGAUGAAGGACACAUGGCUGUUUAUUACAGAGGUGGAGCUCUGUUAACUGCAACCAGCGGCCCGGGUUUUCACCUCAUGCUGCCCUUUAUCACCACUUACAAGCCCGUACAGACCACACUUCAGACGGACGAAGUGAAGAACAUUCCGUGUGGCACAAGUGGUGGAGUGAUGAUCCACUUCGAUCGGAUUGAAGUGGUGAACUACCUCGUACCCGGAGCUGUGUAUGACAUUGUGAGGAACUACACGGUGGACUACGACAAGGCUUUGAUAUUCAACAAAGUGCACCAUGAGCUGAACCAGUUCUGCAGCGUACACUCGCUUCAGGAGGUUUACAUCGGCCUGUUCGAUCAGAUUGAUGAGAACCUGAAGCUCACCCUGCAGGAGGAUCUGACCCGUAUGGCUCCCGGUCUCAUCAUUCAGGCUGUCCGUGUGACUAAACCCAACAUCCCCGAGUCCAUCCGCAGAAACUACGAGCUCAUGGAAACGGAGCGAACCAAGCUGCUAAUUGCAGUGGAGACUCAGAAGGUGGUAGAGAAGGAGGCGGAGACUGAGAGGAAACGAGCUGUGAUUGAGGCAGAGAAGAUCGCGCAAGUGUCCGAGAUCACAUUUGAACAGAAAGUGAUGGAGAAGGAGACUGAGAAAAAGAUAUCAGAAAUCGAUGACAGCGCGUUUCUCGCUCGGCAGAAAGCUAAAGCAGAUGCUGACUUUUACACGGCUCAGAGAGCAGCUGAAGCUAACAAGGUGAAGCUGACUCCCGAGUACCUGCAGAUGAUAAAGUACAAAGCGAUAUCUGCUAACAGUAAGAUCUACUUCGGCAGCGAGAUCCCGCGCAUGUUCCUCGACUCCAGAAGCACGUCCAAACCCACGGACCUUCUCUCCGAGGACGUCCAGAACAUGGACUGACGGUGAAGAGACGCUGAGAGAGUCCCUCACGCUCUCUCACGCUGGGAAACAGGUAUCGUGGUGGGACUACAGACGAGGCAGCGCUAGCGUUUCUGCUCUCGGUGAGGGCCUCUGGUGAAGUCCUGGGGGUUUUAUGGCCGUGUUUCGCCAAGAACGCAUGCAGACCUGUGUUUAAAACGACAACAAAGCCUCACGCCAGACACAAGGAUGCCCACUGGUCGGAGAAUAUAUAAUGUGUGUGUAUGUGGGGGGGGGUGGGGGGUGGGGGAUGCACUGUUUUCAUUCAGUCUUUUAGGCAAGAGACGACAUUUCAAAGCCCGAGACUACAGGUAUCAGGCUGAAAGGGGGUUUUGUUUGGGUUUUUCUUUUUUUUUCUUUUUUUUUUGUUUCCCCCAGGGUUUCUAGCUUUAUUAACAGAAAUGAAUCCUUGCCAGCGUUAAAGGGAAACUCCCACUUGUCCCCCCCCCCACAUGUUCCUGCACUGAGAGGGACAAAACCUCUGUUUAUACUCAAAAUAAUGUCUAAUGGAAGUCUAAACAAUGACUUGGUGUGUCGAAGGAUGGGAUUCGUGUGUGUGUGUGUGUGUGUGUGUGUGUGUGUGUGUGUGUGUGUGUGUGUGUGUCUCUAAGCAAAUCUCUAGUUAUUUAGUUUUCCAGCACUGGAGCAAAAGAACUAAUGGUAGGCUCCGGUUACUUUACACCUUCCUGUAGGUUUUGUCCGUGUCCGUACGCCGGAUAUGGAUCGGAAGAUCGUAACCACAAGAUCCGGUUACGUGACCCGCCAGGGACCGGGCCGUGAGCGAUGAGGGGACAAAUAUAUCGCGAUACUUUUGAGUAAAUGAUCAGUGUCACGAUAUAUACGUUCGCUAGCAAGCUGCCUGAAAAUUCACACUGCGUUUUAAAUAAAUAGACGGGUAUGCAUUUAAAAAUGUAAUAAAUAAACACCACAAUCUGUUUAUUU